CUUUUAUCAUGACUAGCUUUAUAUUAGUACGUAAUCGAAUUAGUUCCCCGACCUCAGAUUUUUUUUUUUAAUGUUUUAAACAGUAAGCAACUUUGUCAUUUCCUUUUGCAACAUCAUUCAGAACUAUAACGACAAAAGUAAACUACAUCAAAGUAAACUUUUACAUAAGAAAAUUGUGUGUGUAUUUUAUUUCUUUAUUUGUAAAAAAUGGAAGUGUUAAUCGAUGCCUACUUUGACAAACUAUUCGAAGAGAUGGAACGUGACUUUCUCGCCUCCCGGCACAAGCGACGUCAGCUUGUCAAGUAUUUUACAGAUGUGAUAAACAGUGUUUCAAAAGGAGAAAAUUUAAAUACAGAAGAUGUAUGCGAGAGAAUAGUUAUGUCAGCAUUGCGUUACCACAAUAUCAGUAUGUCAGAAAACAGUUCAGUUUGUUUAUUGGGUAAAUUCCACAAUGUUUUAUAUAUUGCAGCAAAAUUAUGUUUCGAUUGGCGUUUAAGUAAUAAUGAAGUUAUUUGUCGUUUAUUAAAUGACAUAUUUUAUUGUGAAAAAACAUUUGAACGUUUAUUUGUUGGUGCAAUAUUUGGUAUACGUGUUACACAUUUUUUAUCUGGUUGGAAAAGUGAUUUCGAAGAUCGUGAAGAAAAUAUAAAAGCAUUAAUAUAUUUUUUAGAUCAUGCAACACAAGCAAAAUUAGAAUAUUCAUGUCCAUCAAUAUCAAUGAAAUGUCGUUUUAUAGAUACACCAAUGGAAUCAUAUGGACAAAUGUAUCCUUUAAGAGUUGCUAUUCAACAUGGUACACCAGAUAUUCUUCUUAUUAUGUUACGUUACGGUGCAUCUGUUAAUACAGAAUAUAAUACAUCAACAUCACUUGAAAUAUUAUUAUCAAAAUUGAAUGAUUAUGUUGGUGAUUGUGAACAAGAAAUGCCAGUCAUACCAGAAAAUUUAUUGAUGUGUCUUAAAUUAUUAUUACGUACAGUAAUAACAGCAUUUGUAACAACGCCAAAUCAUAUUGCUAAACAUAUUGGUGUUGAAAGAGUUACUGUUUGGGAACAAUAUCCAAAUUUAGUUAAAAUUAAUUUAGUACCACCACAACGUAGUGGUUUAAAUCCACCUGAACUUUGUCAUUUAUGUCGUUGUUGUAUUCGUAAAUGUCUUGAUAAUAAUUGGGCAUUACCACAUGGCAUAAAAAAAUUACAAAUACCAGAAUCAUUGAGAAAUUAUCUUGAUUUACUUUCAGAUUAA